GUGGGGAGAUUGUUGCCACAGCUCGCUACCCUCAGUUAUUUGGCAAUGUACAGCCUCAUACUGACAUGACUUCUGCCUACUAUAUUAUCAAGUAACUACAUAACCCAAACCUACCCAUUUAUGGGUAGCUUUAGCCACGUAAACAUUUAGACAAGGCAUAAAAAAAAACGUGAGCUUGGCCAGUGGUAGGUGGGCAUCUCGCCGCGCGGGGCCCUCUCUCUGAUUGGCUCGGCUGGAGUUUAAAUAAAAGCAUUUAAAACAAACAUGGCUACAGAGUGACACUGUGCGAUGCGCUGAAGUGCUGCUGUGUUUUAUUCCCAGUGACACGUUGACAAUAAUGACGGUAGUGACCCAGGCAGCGGCGGCGUGACAGGCGAAGGGGCGGCGGGGCGGCAGAAGCGAGUGUGGCUCUGUUAGUGUGGCGUGUACAGGUGCUGCGGGACUCACUCAAUGAGCCCCACCGUAUGCUUGUUGAGUGCUAGUGUGUGCAAAAGUGCGAGUGACAAAAGUGAGUAAUAAAGCGUUGAACAGGACAGCCGUCUUGAGCAUGGAGGACUCGAGCGAGGUGCUGGUGUGUGCUGCAGAGUAUAUGAAAGAUCGGUUGUAUUUUGUUACUCUGCGGACUUCAGGUAGACCCAGAUCAACGGCCAACACGCAUUAUUUCUCAAUCGACGAUGAGUUGGUUUAUGAAAACUUCUACGCGGACUUCGGCCCGCUCAACCUGGCCAUGCUGUGUCGGUACUGCCGCAAGCUGAACAAGAAAUUAAAGUCUCUGUCUUUGGCCAAGAAGAAGAUCGUGCACUACACUACACUCGACCCGCAGAAGAGAGCCAACGCAGCUUUCCUCAUUGCGUCAUAUUCUAUAAUUUACUUGAAAAAGACCCCAGAGGAAGCAUACAAGCCCUUGAUUGGUGGGAACAGUCCACCAUUCUGCCCUUUCCGAGAUGCCGCUUAUGGUAUGUCCACAUACCAUCUCACAUUGUUGGACUGUCUUCAGGCCAUUGACAAAGCCUACAAGCUUGGCUUCUUCAACUUUGAAGAUUUUGAUGUGGAUGAAUAUGAAUAUUAUGAGUGCAAAAAUGGUGACUUCAACUGGAUUAUGCCAGGCAAGUUCUUGGCUUUCUGUGGACCACACUCAGAGAGUCGAGUGAAGAAUGGCUACACACUCCACUCACCAGAGACAUACUUCAGUUACUUCCGCAAGCACAACGUGAUGACCAUUGUGCGACUCAACAAGAAGAUCUAUGAUGCUGCACGUUUCAAGAAUGCUGGAUUUGAGCAUUACGACAUGUACUUCAUAGAUGGCUCAUGCCCCUCGGAUGACAUUAUGAGAGAGUUCUUAAGAGUGUGUGAGAAUACAGAGGGAGCCAUUGCUGUACAUUGUAAAGCUGGUCUAGGGCGUACUGGGUCCCUCAUUGGCUGCUACAUGAUGAAACACUUUCGCUUCACUGCGGCAGAGGUCAUCGCUUGGCUGCGCAUCUGUCGGCCUGGCUCUAUCAUAGGAGGCCAGCAACAGUGGCUCACCUCAAAGCAGUCAUCCCUUUGGCUGGAGGGGGAUAUUUUCCGGGGACGCAACAAGAACCAAAACCUAAACAAGAAAUGUCCUUAUGGAAUAUACAGCCUAGCUUAUCGUGAGCAUUGUGCCAACCUCCGUAACAACAGAAACAAGAACAGUUGUAACAACCAGAAUCAGAAGAAACAGGUUGUGUCCACGUCAUCUGAUGAAGAGAUUGAACGUGAGGAGAAUGUUCAGGUGGUACUUAGUGGUGUAGACACCCUGAAACUGGAUGAUCACAUCUCCCAAACAGACAAUCAUGAAAAAUAUAUUGAGGAUGUUGCCAAUAGCAACACUGGCACUAAAGACUCGGAGACAUGCAUCAUCAAUGGUCUCACUCAGGGGGAUCGACUUAACCAGCUGAAGGCCUCCAGGGCUCACUCCAGAUCUGCCACCACUGGACGUGUUCACCUUGAGGAUAAAGCCCACGUGCGUACAAAGUCCACGCCUUUGGGCAGUGGCAGUGGUGGUGGUAGUAGUGGGCGGGAGGCAGUGUUGUCACCCCUGAAGGCUGGCAAAGUGUCCACCCUCACUUCAGCCCACCGGGACACAUCGCGUAGGCCCAUAAGAACCACCACCACAGCCACGACUAAAAGACAUGCAUGGCUGUUAGGAUCAGUGUACCGGGGAUCUGGCCACCGAGGGAGCAAGGCACGUGGGGUGCUUCAUUCCCCAGGGUCUUCAGUGGGGGCCAGUCAAGGCUCUGACAGUCACUCUUUGUCUCAAAACCUGCCAAGAAAAAGUCACAUAACCUCUUCACCAACAACAACUUGUACUCCUCUUACAAAGACAACAAUACAUGGCUCCUUUACAUCAUCUUCUAAAGUUUCCAUUACUUCUACUUCUUCCUGCCUUUCUUCCACUUACUCAGGUGACAAUCAGUAUCACAGAUCUAGCAACACAACUUGUACAAGACACUCUACAAAUUCGGUGGACAAUGGCAAUAUUGGGGAGCAUCCUCAGAUAGAAAAUAACAAUUUUGAACAUGAGCAAGAUUGUGGCGGGUUAGGCCUGAGAGGAGAUGAAAGCUGUAGGAAUCAAAGUUCUGGUGCUGCAAGCCGCUCCCGACUUCCCUCUUCAUCGUCAUCCUCCGCCAUACACAGCAAACUUCCAGUCUAUCGCGUAGUAAAGGGAAUAACAAAUACAGAAACACCACCACAAUCACCAGCCGCUCCUCGAAAGCUGCCCUCGUCAGAUGACUACCAAUACUGCCCACCACCACAAAAAGCAAGAUUAACAGGAAAGCUUCAGAAGCAGCCACAGUAUCACCACAAUCAUCACCAUCUUCCAUUGACACCAACACCUCCGUCUUCACCAACAACCACAGCAAAACUUCUGACAAGAAAUAUCGAGGCACUGCCAUCUGCAAGUCUGGUUCCACCGAGGACGCCGCCUCCCACUCCGACACACCCAGCAAGCCGCAAGCUUCCACAGCCAACUCCAGUGAUGAUAAAAAACCGGAUGCCACUGCAGACAGCCCAAGUAACGAAGAGGAUAAGAUCUUGUCCAGCUCUUCCACUCCCGAGGGAAAAAGUGCUUCACCAGAGGUCAGGCACUUUACCAAGAGUACCAAAAGUACUACCAAAUCUUGGUCACCUACGCCUGUGCCAGAGGGCAGGGCUAGAAGGCAGGGCAAAAUGUCUCGAUCAGCUCCCCCAGAGUUGAAGCGAACCACAUCAGUAGAGAGAAAGGGAACCAGAAGUGCUCUUGGAGCAAACUUUCGUAGAUCUGGUAGAAGUGUUACUCGUGAUAUGGGAGGUAAGAAAAAUGGUGGUGGGUUGAAAAAACGGUCACAUAGUCCAUCCAAUAGGGAGCCUGGGAGGAGCCUUAAAACAAGGAAAUCCCGUAGUAGAGUCACGAGUCCAGAGCCUGUACCUGGGAGUGAUGUCUCUGAUAAGAGCAAGCCAGAAAAGAACACUAAAGAUGGAGGCAAAAAGAAAGCCUCCCAAACUCACAUUACAGAAUACUACACCAUACGCAAGGAAAAGAGCACCUACAAAGUAAUCAGGACACUGCCUGAUGACCCUCCAAGUGACAAGAGUGCCACUUUGAGGAGUUGGAAUGAUGAACGUAAGAGAAUAGGAGUCUCUGGUGCAGUUGCUACACGUCGCACACGACACCAUAUCAGUGAGUGACAGUAUGUUGUGUGUUUUGUUUAUCUUAACUUGUUAUCAAAUUACUGUAAAACGUUUGUACAUAAAAAAAAAACUGUUCAUUUGACUACCAGAAAAAUGCAGAGGGUUUUAGAAUGCAUCGAUUGUGUGUGUGUGUGUGUGUGUGUGUGUGUGUGUGUGUGUGUGUGUCUAUGAGAGAGAGAGAGAGAGAGAGAGAGAGAGAGAGAGAGAGAGAGAGAGAGAGAGAGAGAGAGAGAGAGAGAGAGAAAUAUCAUAUAUGGCCUUUUAUAGUUAUAGAGGAGUUUCUGAUGAUGAAAAUUUUGUAAAGGCAAAGAAAACAUUUUAACUGAAAUAUUUAUACUAUACAUAUAAUAGAAAUCAGAUGUAUGUAUGGCUGGUGUCUUGUUAGCAAAGUGUUGUGCCAUGUUGGUGUACAAAUUAUGUAGAUAUUAAUUCUUCACAGUAACAUUACAAUAAUUUAAUUUUAAACACACACACACACACACACACACACACACACACACACACACACACACACACACACACACACACACACACACACACACACACACACACACACACACACACACACACACACACAUGGACAAUAGCUAUUGAUUGCUUUUGACAAAGUUACAGUAACUGAAAUAUCAGUUAUUGAAUUGAGUUGAUCUAUGCAUCCUCAUCAUCAUUAUUUUCACCUAAUUUCUCACACUGAGGAAAGUGGAUGCACAUAAUUUUAAUUGCAUCCUCCAGUGGUAUAGGAUGACAUGCUGUCAUUGAUUUAUUAAGUUCAAUGUUAUACAGUGAGGAAACAGUUUUUAAAUGAUGAAGCUCAAAAUUGACAGGCUAGCAAAAAUUGAAGGUUUAAGAUAUUUAACUCUUACCAUUUUAAGGCCAUAUAUGGUUCUAGAAAUUACAGUAGUUCAUUAUUUAAUGAUUGCUAACUUUAGCUCUGACAAGGGAGACUUAUCAGUAAAGCUCUCCAUACUAUUUAUCCAUCUUUAUUUAUAUGUAACUACCUGGUUGACAUAUCCUUGAAAUGGUGGGUAGUCAACUUAAUGUCUUGUCUCAAAGAGGUGAAGGCUCAUAGCUCCUAUACAGUAUCCCUUGGAGUUGCCUUUUAUGAAGGAAAAUUAAGAUUGCCAAAUUGAAAACAUUAAAAAGUUAUCAGAAUUGGAAUCAUCAGCAGAUGGUCUGCUACUCAGUUUUUUCCAGUAUGUAGUCAAGUGCUGUCAUCAGGUGCAACAAUAUUUCAAGUGGAGCAGAUUUACAAAUGUUUUAAAGUUUGUUCAAGUUAUUGCAGUCAUUAGAAUAAUUUUUGUUGAUUA